GUAAUGGAUUUUGUACAAGCUAGCGAUCAGGUCAUUGGACCUUAAGAGGUAGCAAAGAUCCCGACAACGUCACUCUUGAUUUAAACAGCUGCCUUUUUUCGGUGAUUGGUUCUCAAAUCGGUCAAGAUCCAUUAAAACUUCGUAAAUGGACCGUGUUAAAACUAAAGGACAAUUUUCAGAAUUUGGCCAAAUGGUUAGACAAAAUUCCGAUGGGUAAUGCAGGAAUAUUCCUUAUGAUUGGCGGUGUAAAUGGACACAGACCUAGAAGAUCGAGACAAAGUCGCGAAGGGUACUCAAGAAGAUACCCAGCACACAGUCAGGAAGAAGACGCUACAAAAAUUCUGGAUGAUUCAGAGAACGUAGAAGGCGAAGGUGAUAAUGAGGAAGAUCUAAUUGAACGAAUAGGUCAUUCUAGACAGAAGCAUGUUGUAGGAGGAAGAAAUGGAGGUGUCGAAGUUUAUACUAGGAUAAAUAAAUGUUCGGGAGUAUUUGCUUUUCAGACAGAAAAAGACCAAGAUUAUGUCCUUCAUAGGGCAUUGCUAUCAAAAUUGGGUCAACAAGCACUACGUAAACUUGACGAUACCAUUGCGGCAAGCGCAGAUAUAUAUGUUUCAAAAUUAAUAGAACAAAAUGUCCCAUUUCCUAAAGCUAGCUAUUGGUAUGCGGGAAACAAGCUACAUGAGUCAGCAGAAGUCAAAGGUGUUUCAUUAAAAUUAAGACAUCAUAAAAAUAAACAAAAAGAAAAAAAUGCAAAGCCUCAUAUAGUUUUUAUUUUCCCAACCUUUAAAGUGCCCAAAUUAAUGAAAUGUCUUGAUGGGAGACCUCAUGAAUAUCGUGAAUAUAUAAGAGAACUAACUGGUUACAAGUAUAUCUUUGCAUCUACAUUUGGAAAUCUUGAAGACUUUCUCACAAGAGAUGGAUACUCAAAAAGAUACAUACCACCCACGGAAGACAAAGCUAAACAGAUUCUGGACAAUUCAGAGGGCGAGUUCUGCGUAGAUGAUCCUAAGAACCCGCUAAUUUCAGAUUUGAGAAAAGGCCAUGCCAGAAGCGGGCAUGUAGAAAGAGAAAGCAAUGGUGUCGAAGCUUAUAGUAAAAAAAAUAUAUGUGAAGAAAAAACUGCUUUUCGGUCAGAAAAGGAUCAAAACUAUAUCCUUCAUAGAGCAUUGCUAUCAAUAACGGGUCAAGCAGGACUAGUUCUUCUUAACAAAAAAUUGUGUGUAGACAUCAGUGUACCAGCUUCACAUUUAUCUGAAAAUGGUGUCUCAUUACCUACAGGAAGUAUAUGGCAUAAUGGAGAAAAAAAAACAUGAUAAAUUACAAAUCGAAAUGGUCCGUAUACAAUUAGGGCAUCAUAGAGGUCAAGAAGAGAACAAUAGUGCAGAGCCUCUUGUAGUAACUAUGUUCCCAGUAUUGGAAAUUAAAACAAAAAAAGAUUUAUGUGACACAGGUAAAGAACAAGAAGAACAAAAAAGUGCUCAAGCAGCUCCUGAAACUGCCUCUGCAACUACAUCUAAACCUGCUUCCCAAACUCCUCCUAAACGUGCUACUGGAGCUAUUCCUAAAAUUCGUAAAACUGCUCCUAAAACUGCCUCUCCAACUACAUCAAAACCUGCUUCUAAAACUCCUAAAAUUGCUCUUAAAACUGCUACUGGAACAAUUCGUAAAAUUGGCCAUGUAACUACUCCUGGACCUGUUCAUAAAAUUACUCCUACAACUUCUCAUAAACCUACUCUUAAAAGUACUCGUAAACCUACUUCCAAAAUUACUCGUAAAACUGCUCCUUAAAUUACUUCUAAAACUGCUUUUUAAACUGCUCCUAAAACAAUAGAAAUAAAGGGACGUUCUAACUGUGGAGCUCCGAAUGAGGAGCAGGUUGCGAAGGAGAUAUUUG